AUGUCAUCAAUGGUUGAAGUUGCAGACACAUUAGAAAAGGAUAAGAUUAGUAGAAAUAUAAACAUCGAAGGUAUUGGUCCAUACAGACCAUAUAAAAAAUACAAUUAUUUAAGUUUAUUACAUUUUGGUCAUCUUAAUACCUUUGAUAUCCUGAUCUCUUUGAUAAUAAUCGGUUAUUAUUAUUAUUAUAUGUUAUUUAACAAUAACAUUGAAACUUUGAAUACUACUGCAUCUGAACAAGAGUUUAUUACUUUGCUAAAUAAAUAUAGAGAACAGAUUGUGUAUCUAAAUUCAAGUUCUUCAUUUCCAAUAUACUUUUACUCGUUAUUCCCUAAUGAGGUGAUACUGUUGAGGAAAGUUACCUUAGUGUUAGUUUCACUUUUUUUGGGUAUGUCAUAUCUACUCUUGAGAAGAGUGUGUGUCUCUACUUUAAUUGCAGUUCUGGCAACAGUCGCUAUCUCAUCAGUACAAAUAUUUCAGACACAUUCACUAAUUGUUACUGAACUACCAUUAAAUUGGUUUUUAACUACCGUAGCAGUAUAUUCCUGGAGAAGUUUAAAAAUUUACACACCAUUGACAAAGGCUUGGUUUAUAAAUAUACUAAUGGUCUCCAUAUCAUUGGGUUUAUCAAUUUCUUCAAAACAUAUUUCCUUUGCGACGUAUACAUGGAUAAUAAUAGUAUCGUUGAAUGAGCUUUGGAAUUUAAUAAGUGACAUAAAUUUAUCUGGAAAACUGAUUUUGAAGGUUGCAUCAAUACAAACUUUUUUCUUUGUAGUUGCACCAAUAAUUAUAUUUGCAGUAAAUAUAAUAGCAUCAAUCGAGAACUUCAAACAUGAUGAUAUUGCUGUUUCUCAAUAUCUACCUAUCGAUUUCCAAGCUCACUUGAGAGGAGGGCUAAAUUUCACAGAUAAAUUUUAUUAUGGAUCAAUUAUAAAAAUGCGCCACGUCGAAUCCCUUGCUGGAUAUCUACAUUCAGAUGAGAUAAAUUACCCAUCUGGUUCUCAAGAACAAUUAGUCUCGUUAUCUGAUCAAGAAAAUGAUCCAAAUAACGAAUGGAUUGUAGAGCAUCAAUUUGCUAAUUUUGAUUUUGUCAAUAGAUCUGUUGCAGUUGCAAACCAAGACCUUAUCAGAUUAAGACAUCGUGUAACUGGAAAACUACUAAGAGGUUCUACUGCAAAACCACCUGUUAGUGAAGAAGACUAUACCUCUGAAAUAUCAUGCACUGGUGAUCAGGAUUAUACUGGAGAUACUGAUGAAUUAUGGAAGCUACAAGUUCUAGGUAUGAAUGAAAAACAGUCCAUCUCAAUCCCUAGUUCGAUAAUCCAACUGUUUAACGUAGGACAUCAUUGUGCUGUGAUUGGUCAUGAAGUCAGAUUACCUUCUUGGGGGUUAGAUAAUCAAGAAGUCCUAUGUAUUGAUCCACCAAAUCAAAUCAAGACAUUCUUCCAAAUCAGUUAUGUCAAUUACAGAGUUAAAAAUUAUAAAGAUGCGAUUGUUUACAAAGGUAAUGAAAAAACCAAUGUACUUGUUAACAAAAUUUCAUUAAUGAUUGACCUAAUUAAAACUGAUUUGAGAUAUAAUUCUUAUAUCAAAAAUAUUAAAAUAGGGGAAACUGCACAUGUAGCAUUUUGGCCAUUUACAUUUACUGAUUUAGGUAUUUCUGAUCAAAUUUGGUUGAGUUCUAUUGUAGCAAUCAUAAUAUUUAUCGGUAUUUUGACAAAAAAUGUAUUGUCUUGGAAUCCAUGGAUGAUAACUACUUCUAACAUCGAUAUUAUGCCCGACUUUUCUUUUAGUUUCAAAAUCGAACUUCUAAUGGGAUGGUUACUGCAUUUUGCUCCAUUUUUUAAAGCAGCUCAUGAUAACCUACACAUAAUUCAAUACUUCCAUAGCUUUUACUUUGGGGUGUUAUUAUUCGUUGUUCUUCUAAAUGAUCUUUACAGGUGGAAUCGUCUCACACUCUUUUUCUCAGUUAUUUACUGUGUUUCCCAUAUAUACAUAUAUUUUAGUAACUACUGA